AUGUAUACCAAAAUCACCGCAAAACUUUUCUUCAUUUUGCUCCUCGUUAGCUUCGUAUUGUCUGCGCCGGCACCGCAAAACACGGAUCAAUAUAAAAACUUGAUCGGUAAAACUUUGGUAUUGAACGGUCACACUGACCCUCAAGGUGUCCCGCGGUCACAGCUCGUUUAUGAACAUCAAUUGCCUCCAUAUCAUCGAUUAAGAUAUCCUGAUACAUACGUUACUCUAGAAUAUGAUCCGGAUAGGUGA